GUUGGUUUAUUAGCUGCAAGCGGGAGGGAAACAUGUUGAGAGGAUUUCUAGCAGUGUAGCUCUGCGUCUGGAUGGGUAAUUAGGGCUGUCUGUGGUUUUAGACGGCUGGAAUAGUCCUUAAAAUGAGAAAAGACGCAGAAACUCUAGGAAACACUCGUAAAGGACCUCGGAUUACAGCAAUACCGCUGGCCCCAUUUUGCACCUUUUCUCUAUGCGACUCCAAUGAAGCCCUCUCAUUAUCUUAACAGAUUUUAUCCCCCUCCUCCCAGUAGAAUGUUGCCUUUUCCAAGUCCUGAACGGCCCAACAGGAACAUUCCGUGUCCACCAUGGCCGCCUUAUCCACCUCCGGGACCAAUAUUUUCACCAGGGUUUGUUCCAAGAACCCCACCUGGAAUGGGUCCUUCAGGAAAUAGGUUCCAAUUCAUUCCAAUUGACAGUCCAGCUCCUCAUCCUCACCAAAACUAUUCACCGCCAGGGUUUUUCUUACCUGGAUAUGCGCCAAUCAUCUCACCCAACAGGUAUACUCCAGCUCCCAGGCCUCCCAGUGUCUUUCCCCCUGCAUCUCCUCAAUUCAUGACGGAUUUUAACUACCCACCACCUUCCAACAUCAGAAGAGAUGAAACGACUGAAUCCAGGAUCAAUUCGCCAUGCUCAGGAAGUCAAAAUGCAACGCCACAAAGCCAAGAAUCAAACAAGGACCAACAACAUCAAAGAACACCUUCAAGGGGAAACUUAAUAACAGUGGACUUGAAUUCCUCCUCUCAGAAGAGGUGCAGGGAGUCUGAGGACCGUGACAACGGCGCUAAGAAACUGUGCCAUCUGGCUAUAAACUCUGUCAAAGCACAGACACCAACACCCACUCCUAGCAACUCGGCCAGCACUUCCCUGCUGUCUCAGCCGUCAGCGAGGCACUCGUCAGUCCUGGAACUAUCUCCCAAAACCACAGGAAGCCAUCCGGGUGCAGAACCAGCAUUGAAACCCACCCAGUCCUCCUGCGCAUCCCUGUCACCCAAACGUUGUAUACCAAGACGACCACAAAUGGGGGCCAAGCAAGCCUAUUUCAAAUCCAUCCCAAAGCACGCUUUAACAAUAAAGUUAAGAUCACUGUCAGCAGAAGAAAGACAGAUGAAAAGGAGCGAGGAAAAUGACAAACAGAAUAUAUCGAGCCCUUUGUUAUCCUCUGAGGUUCCCCAGGAGGACACUGUUGGCUCUUCCCAUGUUCAGUUAGGCAGUCACCACUCUGCUGAUACUCACCGUAGUUCCUCAGUCUUACCGGUCAAGCCCCUGAGCAAAUGUGAUGACGUGGAGAAGAGCGGAAAGUCUGAGUGUAACACUUCCAAACCAGCGUCAAAAACAGAUUCAGGCUCUCUUAGCACAGUAGAACGGAACAACCGCCUGCAAAGACCUGUUGCACACCCUUCUGAUAUAGGUACGCUUUUCACUCCUGAUCCCUCGAUCCAUGGAAAGACUUCAAAACCAAAGAUGGAUGGGAUCAAAUCCACCACCUCGGAGAAAAGCUCUUCAUCCAGCACUGUGACCAGCUCCACUACUCCUCUUACUGGAUCCUCGUCUUGCAAAGUGGGUCCACCUCAGGCAGUUGACCCCAAAGUCUCCUACUUGUCCUUGUCACAUAACUCAAACAUAACCAUGCCAACUGUAACGUUAGAGCGGGUAAACCUCGAAAGCCUGAAAUCUAUUUUUUAUAGAGCCAGUGAACCUAAAGACGGCUCCAUCACUUCUUCAGGCUGGGAGCUUAAGGAUCAGAGUUUAAAAUCUGAUGAGAAACAUAAAAAUAUCACCCCCCCCAACGUGAGACCAAGCACUUCAGAGACUUGCACCACAACUUCUACACCUCAUCCACUCCCAGAGAGGCGGCCGAGUGAAGGACAUAGAAAGUUGAUGAAUAAAGAGGAUCCCAUAGACGGCGAGCUGGACAACAGCAGUGAGGAUGAGCAUCUUCUUUCGCUUCAGGAGAUAAUGGCGCCGGUUUCCAUGCCUCCUGAUACACCAUCGAAGGGAGCCUUCUCAGAGCCUAGUACACCUAAGCAUAACAGCUGCAAGUCAACAAAUCAACCAUUAGCAGCGGGCACGUUGUCAGCCAUCUACAAGAACAGCCUUGACCAGAUGCUGGAAGAAAUAAGCAUCAAUCAAAGAGGAAAACAAAGCAGGACACAAGUUCUUAUAGAAUGUAAAGAGGACCUAUUGGAAGUAGCCGAAUAUGAGGAGGCCGAGGAGAAUCGUGACGUGGCCAUCUCCACUGAGCAACAGAAAUUCCUGCAACGCUACUCUCUGAUGUCCACGGUUUUUAGGGAAGUACCUCCGGGGAAAACCAUCUUCAAUCUGGAGAAGUUUGGCCGGAUCUUCAACCAGGAGGAUCUGCAGCUUAGGCGAUGCAUGGUCAAUCCUCAGGGGACGGCACAGAAAACACUUCUCUGGUCCAGCCCUGUUCAACUGAGACUGCACUUGAACAUUGAAUUGUUCCAGGAAGCUUACGAUGGUUGCUCACCCUGUCCAACUCAGGUUUCCAGUUUCCUGUUCAAGAUGAUGUCCGUCCAUAGGGAGAGGAUAGUAUCUGAAAAGAUACUAAAGACCCUAUGUGACCUUGCCCAGACUACUGCUUAUCAGAUAGUGAAAAAUGGAAACCAGCAGUUUGAAGUGUGGGUGCCCAGUUUGGCUGAUCUGGUGCUGGUCCUGAUGAAUAUGGGGGUUGAGUUUGUUUCUCUCUUCCCUUUCGAGCAUCUACAGCCUCCAUUCACAGAGGGAGAUUUGCGGGAGGACAUCCGGAUCCAAAGUGAGAGUCCCUCCAGUAACGAGGUACAGAGCAACUUCCCUGAACACAACUGCAACAACAUCUUGAAGUACCUGUCUUACUGUAUGGGUCUGUGUCUGCGGGCAUACAGCGACGAUGAGCUGCUGUUGCUGCUGAUUAUGAUGGGGAGGGUGGGCCUGGACCCUCGGCUCGUCCUCGAGUCCAGUGUGGAACUUUGCGCUCUACAGUUCCAUAUUGUAAACAACAUCAAGGACUGGGACACCAUGCUGCCCAAAAUCUGUGUGGCCCUCACUGAUGUGACAGACGACCACCAUAACAUGUGCUACUUGGUUAAACUGCUGCCGGACAACGCACGUGGAAAGCAACUGCGUCGACAUCUGAGCGUGUGCAUGAUAUCUAAACUGCUGAACGGAAGUUGCACCUACAGACCAAAGGGAAAGGAGUUUCAGCUCUCUGAACUGAGGAACUACCUGCCCCAAAUGCAACCCUCCAACCUUCUCCAAGGCCUGCUGAACUCCUCCAGCAGGAGCCAAAAGGAUCAAGAAGAUGAAGACGUGACAAACCUAGAUCACCAGGCCUACUACAUCUGCUAUAGUCUGCUGACCUUGGCAGAUGAAGCCUCCAAUAUUCAGUUCUUCCUAGCUCCUCAAAAGAAACAGCUACUGUUUCUGUGCUCUGAGUUGGAAACGCAUGUCAAGUGUGACAUCAGAGAGAACGAGAAGUGUCUUUACCGGAGCAAGGUAAAGGACCUGGUGGCCAGGAUCUACACCAGGUGGCAGUUGCUCCUUCAGAGGACCAGGCCUCUCCAUGGUAAAUUGUAUGACUAUUGGCAGCCUGUGGAUACAGUGAUGAGGACCCAAAAAGAGCAGGAGACGGACGUCAGUGAUAAUGAAGAGCCUGUGAUGGAGAAGGAUGAAGAGGAGUAGGACAACGAUGACACUGAAGAGGUUGUAAUUUUAUCUCGGGACGAGGAGAAGGAAGAGUGACACAAACCUGAAGGUGGUCGUCAUAGAUUCACAAGAAAUCUAGGAAGACAAAGGAGGAAGUGACCCUAAGUUGAACUAAGACAUGUCUGAGAUGAAAACCUGGAACGUUCUGAGGUGGAGACUGAUUCUGGUUAAGACCACUUCCUCGACCAUUAUUGAUUUUGUACCUACAGAAAUUGAAAAUAAAACUGCAGUAGGCAUUUUUCACAGCAGACAUGUCAGAAUAGGAGAAAAUAAGAAAAAUAACAAUAUCUCUAUUCAAAUGUCCCAGUAAGUCAUAAUGGUGUUACUGAAACUGAGGAAGCUAAAUGGAAUUCAGCCAUUAUUUAUUUUAAUAUUUACACCUUUCCUUCAUAACUGACAUGUUGAAAUGUCUUCUGUGAAAAUGGCUGAUUACUGGUUUUGUGUUUAUUUUACCGUUGUGAGCAUUUUGUAAAAAUAUUGUUUUAACUAUGGAAAAAUAUCUUUUUUAUGUCUGUUGCCAAAAAAGAAAAUAAACAGUUUACAUGUUUGAAAA